AUGCUUGCAUUUAUUUCAAUACUUUUCAUUACAAUUCAUUCCAUCAGUUCAUCUAUUCAUACUAUUGAUGAUUGUCAACUAUUGAUUGUUGGUGGUACAACAUCAGCACUAGGUGCAGUAUUAUCUGCUUCAAAACUUAAUACACACGUAUGUCUACUUGAACCAACUGACUGGGUUGGUGGACAAUUAACAGCUGAAUUAUUAAGUGCACCUGAUUUUGCAUUUCAUACAGUAACAGAUAAAGACACGAAUUUUACCUUGAAUGUUGGUAGUAUUGAUCAACAGUUAAAUAAUCAAAAUCCACUCUUUUCUGAAAUGCUUAAUGUCUUAGGCGAUACCGGUCGUUGUUGGGUAUCACCAAAAUGUUCUAUUCCUGAAUUAUUUCAUUCUCAAGUAAUAUUACCAUUACUUAAUAAGACACGAAUAUUUUAUAAUACUGUCAUUAAACAUAUAAAGAAAGAUGUAAAUGGUCGUCGUAUAAUUCAGAUAGAUGCAAUUCAACGUACACUACGUCAAUCAUCAUCUGAACGUUGCCGAUUCUUAUCUGAAGAAUUACCUGAUUGGUAUUCAGAAAAAGAUAGUACAUGGUUUACAAAAACUCAAUUAUCAUUUACAAAUAUUUCAUUCGUCAUUGAAGGUACUUCAUGGGGUGAAGUAUUAGUAUUGUCGAAUGCAAGUUAUUUACAAGGUUUAAUGGAAAAAUUUGAUGGUGAUACAUCGGGUAUAGGAAAUUCUACAUGUGGUCAAUCAUUUACAUUUGAUUUCCUUGAACAAUUACAAGAGAAACCUAUUGAUGAACCACCUAAUCAACUACCUCCACCAGUUGGAGGAGCAAAUUAUUCGUUUUUGAAUUUACCAUGGGAACGUAUAUGGACAUAUCGAAGAGUAAAUACAUCUGCAUUAGAUUCAUAUACUGUUGCUGUCAAUGAUUUAACAAUACAGAAUUGGGGUGGUGGAAACGAUUAUAGAAGAGAAUUCUUUUUUCUAUCACCAUCUGAUACAGAACAUCAACGUGACACUAAUCAAUGGCAAGGUGGUGUUAAUUUAGAUGCUAUUCAAAAUGCUGAAAGACAGGCAUAUGGUUAUCAUUAUUGGUAUCGACAAAAUGCACCUACAAAAUGGGCUAAUCGAACAGUACUUGUACGAUCAGUUUCAGCAGCAGGUACUUGUCAUGGUCUCGCAAAAAUGCCGUAUUUACGAGAAGCACGUCGAUCAAUUGGUUUUGAAAAUUUUCUAAUGAAUAUCACUACUAUAAGUGGUCAUGCACGUGAUUUACAUGGACAUAUCUUUUAUGAUCAUUUAUGUAUUGGUGCUUAUGAUGCUGAUAUUCAUUCUAUGAUUCAAUGUACUUAUCCAUCAUAUAUGACACAAUAUUAUCCUAUUCUUCCAUACUAUAUUCCUUUACGUGCAAUGACAAAUCGUGAUAUUGAUAACUUAAUUGUAGUUGGUAAAACAAUGGCACAAACAUUUCUAGUUAAUUCAGCUACUCGUUUGCAUCCAGUUGAAUUUUCAAUAGGACAAACAGCAGGUGUAGUUGGAUCAUAUGCAGUUGAAAAUAAGUUAACAAGUGUUAGUGAAAUGUUGAAAGAGGAACAUUUAAAACGUGUACAAACGCUAGUAAGACAAUUUACACCAACAUCAUGGACAAUCAAUGGAACACGAUAUCCCGAUGAUUAA